CAGGGUUGUCUCACACCAACAAAACCCCCAUAGAUGUGGCUUAUAAAGUACCUACAGAGGCAAUUUGAGAGUUAUAAACUUCCCAGGGAGGAAGCUGUCCCAAUGGCCUCAGAAGCACAAAGUGAGGAUGCAGAACAUGCAGCUGAGCCUCCUGCAGCUCCUGUGCAGAGGGACAGGACGUUCCAGUGGGGAGCCAUCCUUGCUGCAGUGAAGGACCAGCUCCCAUCCCUGGACUCUGACUCCUCCACAUCUGAUUGUGAGAGUGAUGAGGAGCUUUUCAUCUUCCAGCGGGACCUGCCAAACCUAAUUCCAGACCUGUCGGAAGAACUGCUGAUGUUUUCCCUGGAAGACUCCCAGCAGCAGCAAAUCCAGGAGGCACAAAGACUUCCAUGGGAGAACUGGAACGGAGACUUGGAAAGUUUUGACUUUCAGGAAAAAACAGAUGGUGCCCAAAUCCUUGCAGAAGAAGAUGUACAAAUGAUUAAAGAUGAGGUUCCUGAACCUGCCAGCCUGACUGAAGAAAUGCCAAACCAAAAGAGAGCUGUUCUUGAAGAGCCUCCCUCAGAUUCCACAGAUCACCUUGAGGAGAAAGAAAUGGGCAGGACACAGGCCAAGGAAAGAGGGAACUCCUGGCUUAACACAGCAGUGUCUGUGGAUGUGCUGCACAGCAAAAAGGAGAGAAGGAAGCUGAUAGAGACAAAGAUACUCUCCAAGGUCCUUGUCACACCAUCCCCAAAGCAGGAUGUCAAGCCUCCCUCCCAUGGCAUCAACAACGGUCUAGGAAGACUUGCAAAGGAAGAAACCUCAGCUGAGCAUCUUGGAGAGGUGACCCAUUUGUCAUUGCAGAAUUUUGAGAAAUGGGAUGUAGACAGGAAUCUUGAGGAGCUGGAGCAGCAGGAGGAAAAAACUCGUGCAGAAGUUGCUUUCUUCCCAGCAGAUUAUGAGACUUUCAGGAGGAAGUCUGAAGAUGAGCUCAUGAAAAGGCUGGGAGAGCUGUGUGCCAGGCAGGCCAGGGCAGUGUCCCCUCCCUGUGGGAGGCCAUCAGCCAAGCUCUGCUCCUUCCAGGGACAGCAGGACAAUAAGGAUGUUGCCUUGCUGUCAUCCCCACCAAGUUCUCUGAGGAUGGGCAGGAUGAGUUUCCAGGGCCUGCCAAAACCUGCAGCUGUGUACAUAGAUUUGAGAGAUGCUGAGCCACAAAAGUCACUUACAGUCCCUGAAGAGGAACAAAGUGCAAGUGACAGCUCCUCCUCCUCUGAAGAAGAAGAGACUGUGACAAUUAAGGAUGAAGCAGAAAGGAGAAUGAGGAAUUGCUCAGGGAAGAGCCUGCUGCUGCAACAACUCCGAGCAGCCCGAAAGGAAUCCUUGGAGCUUCUUCAUAAAGCCUCUGUUCCAGCUGGGAAACUGCAUCCAGAAAGGCUGGAAGACAGAGGUUCCUCUCAUAAAAGUCAAAACCAAUCUUGGAAAGUGAGGCAAGAGACAAAUGAGGUGGUUCCCACUAAACUGAUGAAAUUGGAACCAGGCAAAGGAAGUCCCCCCUUUUCAAGCUGUGGGGGCAACGGGGCUGACACAGAGAAAGAGAACAAAAUGGAAGCUGAGAAGAUUCAAAAUGCAAGAAAUACUCCAGAGUAUCCCCUAAUUACAGCAGAAUUACAAAGGAGAGAAGGAAGUGAAAGAGAGCUAUCCCAGAAGGAAGAGGGGAUGGAGGAGAGGCAGAGAUUGCAGGAGCAGCUGGAGCAGAGGCAGCCGCAGCGCUCGGUGUGUGGGAAGCAGCCCAUGGCAGAGAACACCCCACUCCUGUUCCACAUGGAAGCCUCUUUUUUGCCAGCUAUUGACACGUUGCCUGGAUCCCACAGUGGGAAGAAGGAGGUGCUGCUGAUGACCAUUUGGCUGGCAAGUUGUGGCCAAGUGGCCACAGAGCAGUGUGAAGGGCAGGUGCCUGACAAGGUGCUGGGAGCAGCCAACAUCUACCAGGCACUCGUGGCGUGGCUGCUGUCCCUGGUGCCUCCUGUGAAGAGGAAGGAUGGUCCCAAAGCUCCAUUUGAGGUGCUGGGGCUGCAGCAAGCCUGGAGAGAGGAAGGCUUGGCCCUCUAUGCCUGCCUGGGGGCACCAGAGGAACCUUCAGCACACAGCUGCCCUGAUACCCAGGAGCCAGGAACUGCAGAACAUCUCCAGGCAACAUCCAGGUUUUACCAGAAGAUUUCUGCUUUUCUGACCUCUAUGUGGCUUCCAGAUCUUAUUUGGUGGAGAGAUGAACUGGCCAGUCACUUCCAAAAGCAGCUGUGCCCACUUCUUCCUGAGAUUCCCUCUGUCCUGCUCAGUGACAUCACUGCUGUUAAUCCUGACCCUCAGGCAGUGGAGAAGGUGUUUGCAGUGCCAGAGGGAUUUUACUGGCAGACAGUUGAGAAUGAUGACAAACACUUCCCUGACAGCAGUGCCAUGGAGGCUUGCAGAGACACAGACACCGAGGUUGCCAUGGUGCUGCUGUUUGAGGCUCUGUUCCCAAAUCCCCUGGAGAGCCAUCAGACUCUGCAGCUGCUGCUGGGCUCUGGCCUGGAUGUCUGCGGCCUCCGCCUGCUCUACCCCGGGCAGCACCUGCUGCUCUCCAGCUCAGAAAAGCUGCCUUCCUCCUACACUUCAGAGCCUGGCAAGGUGCCCCCAGUGGUGGCAUUGGCUGUGAGAGGGCCCAAAGCCUGUGGCAUCCUGCAGGACAUCACCCAGGGCUCUCCCAGGGCCCAGAGCCAGGCAGAGCCUCUCGUGUCCCUGCCCCUGCCCAGCCAGGUGCACAGGGAGCUGUGCCUCUGGUUUGGAGGGAGAGCUGCUGGAAUCCUGCCCCUGGCUUCCAGCUCUCAGAGUCCUUCACCAGCUGGGGCCAGAGGAGAUGAAGAAAAAAUUGACCUCCAGCGCUUGAUGCUGCCUCGGCCUCCAGCCAUGCUUGUCUCAACUACCAAAGGGGACAUCAUUCUGCUGGUGUCACCUGUGGUACCUCCACGUGCCUAUGGGGCUGUGCUUUCCAGCUGUGCCCGCCGGGGCUUUGUGCUGCAGGGACUGAGGCAGCUCCAGCUCUCAGCACAGCAAGGCCUGCUGCUGGGCAUGACAGCAGGGCAGAUUGCUGUCUUUUGCCCUGGCAAGAGUUCAAGCUCACCUGCUGGUCCUGCAGGAGGAGAAUUCCCUGCUGGAGCCCGCAGGCACUGCCUGGUGCUGCUGCUGAGGAAGGAGAACGCCAGACAUCACAUCCCUGCCUUGCUGACAGGGCUGAUGGAGGAGGUGGCAGAGGCAGGCCUGGGCAGAGGGCACAGAGGACACAGAGGACACAGAGGACACAGAGGGCACAGAGGGCACAGAGGACACAGCAUCCCCCCUGCAGCUGCUGCAGCAGACCCAGCCCUCUGCUUCCACGGGGCUCCGUACGCCGAGGCCGCGCUGCACAGCCUGGGAGGAAGCCUCAGCGCCGUGCCAGAGCCCCACCACAUCCCUCUGGAUUUCCUGUGCCACCGAGUUUAUGCUGCUGAGCCUGGGAUGGAGCAGGUGGUGAUGCUGACAGUGGUGGGGAUGCAGGCUCUGAAGAGUGCUGGAGAGCUCCUCCAGCACAUCCUGCUGCCUGGCCUCAGGAAUCAGUCUUGGAGUGCAGCAGAGGCUGAUUCAGGAUUUGAGCUCCUAGGCCUGAAGUGGCUGCCCCACCUCACUCGGUGGCAGGCCAGGGAAAUGACCCCUUUUGAGGCUGGGGACACUCAGUGGCAGAGCAGCCUGGAGACUCUGACGUGCAGCCCCGUGCUGGUGUGUGCACUCCGUGCCUUCAACGCCUUCCCAGCCCUGGCAGCUGCCCUGGAGGGAUGGGCACAGGGCAGGGACAGGCUCAGCACAGGUCACAGCCUCCCACAGGCACUCAUGGCCCUGACCCCAGAGGUGACCUUCAGACAAGCCUUCCUCUUCUUCACAGAGGCAGAUUUGGUAUCUGACACAGAACACCGCCCUGCUGUGAAAUACCUGCCACCACCUGGCAGCAGCUCCAGGACUGAAGGGAAGAACACAGAGGCUGAGCGCUGGAGGUGCCGAGCAGAAUCCCUGUUUUCCUACCUGCAAGCAGGGGCACAGGUUGUGUGCACGGUGCUGCUGCUCAAACCCGGGGUGUGGAGCCGGGGGCUGCCCGGGAUCCUCCGCCUCCUGCACCUGGAAAAAUUCAGCGUGGUCGGGAUGAAACAUCUGGACCUGGACGUGACCUCUGCCUCCACACUCCUGCCCUGGGAGGUGCAGCAGGAUCCAGCUGCUGCAGAAGCUCACUGUACCUACCUUACCUCGGGCACUGCCCUCGUGCUGUGCCUGCAGAGACCCAAUGCUGUGAAGAAGCUGAUGGAUCUCCUGGGACCAGAGGAUCCUCAGCUGGCCCAAGCACUGGAUCCAUGCCUCUGGAGGGCUCAGUAUGGCACCAGCACAGUCCAGAAUGGGUUUUAUGGCUCCAGAUCCUACCCGAUGGCUGUGCGGGAUGUGAAGCUGUUUUUCCCAGAAGGGCUGUGCUGUGCUCAGUGUCAGACAGUGCAGGAGCAGCAGAUCCAUAACCUGAAACAUGACCCCAUCCUCAGGCUGGGAAUCAGGAAGCAGCGCAGGAUCCUGACCCGUGACCCAGGAAAACAUCCCAGUGUCCUGGGCUCCCAGCAGCCAGGCAGUGCUGGUCAGGCCCUGCUGGAGCAGCUGUGCCAAACCACCUGCCUGCUGCUGCCCGGGAUGAUCCUGCAGGGCUCGCAGCCCCCCCCGUACGUGCAGCUGCUGCAGGAGCUGCUGGCCAGCGGCUCUGUGCUGACUGCAGCUCGCCUGGCUGUGCUGGACUCACCUCAGGCUCUCUGCAUCUCCCAGAUGCUCAGCAGGGCCAAGGGCAGUGUUGCAGCAAAGUGUUCCCUGCUGAAGGAUGGGCUGUGCCUGGUGCUGGCAGCACAGUGGGACAGCGCUGUCACCUCCCUGGGCUCCCUGCUGGACAGUGCCUGCCUGAAGAACCAGUCGGUCCUGGACACUGCAGAGCAUCUCCUUUAUCCCCAAAAUGAGAAUCAGGCCCAGGAGCUGCUCUGCUGCCUCUUUGACUCCCUGGCAUCAGAGAGCAUCCACAGGAUUGAAUCCCAGGAUUGCUAGCAGAGAUGGGCAAGGCCCCCAGGCAGCCUUGGGUGUGGAGAUGGACACACAGGCACAACCAGCUCUAAGAGCACUGUUUGUUUGGAAUUAAACACAGAGUCUGAAGUGUGGCAUUAGCAUGGGUCAGAGAAAUGAGAGCGCUGGAGGAAGGCUCAGCACCCCAAAACAAACCUCUCUGAACUGUGGAGUCCAUACAGAGACAAUCUGUGUGUCCAUGGAGCAAGGCUUGGAGCACUCCUCUGGCUGGGAAACCUCAGGAAGCAAAUACAGGGGCAGGUGUUCACUGCUGUGUCUCUCAGGUGCCUGGGGACUCCAUCUCCCCCAGGCCUCAAAGACUUCAUGGAGAGACUCUGCUUGCUGCUGCUGCUGUGUUCUUUGAACCAAAGACAAACCCACAGCAAAUGAAAUGGAAGUAAGUCAGAGGGGAAGCUGGAUCCCUGGAGGUUCAGUACACCAGGCUGAGCCAUUCAAUAAGAUUAAGAGCUGGACAGCUCAAUGCUCACCUGCCCGUGCCCUGUGCCAGCCCCAUCCUGCUCCUCACCAUGGGCACACAGCCCUGCCUCCUCUUCCCCUCCCUCAGCAGC